CGCCAGUUAGAGUGAAUGAGCAGCGCAUGGUGGGAAGUCGGAGAGCCCGGCAGGAGCAGCAGCGUUAUGGCCUGACGGUGCAGGUUCUCUUCAGCUGCCUUCCAAGCACAGGGUCAAUAAGAAAUGGAGGGUGACACGGGAGAGGGCACCCCUGACCAUGUGAGCUUGAGAACAUCCGGAAGCUUAGGAGCAUUCAUCUGUGGACCAAAGAAGCUUAAGCUGAAAGAUGUUUUCACGUGGCGCCUCUUGAAGACAGUUGCUUUGGGUCAGGUCCUGUCUGUGCUGGUAUGUGGGACGGCAGUGACCAGUCAGUAUCUGGAGAAGGCUCAGGUGGACACUCCAAUGCUGCAGAGUUUCCUCCACUAUGUCCUGCUGCUUCUGACCUACACCACAGCCCUGGUAUUCAGGAAAGGUGAAGAGAGUAUUUUUCAGAUUUUAAAAUCAAAGUGGUGGAAGUAUCUGUUGAUGGCGCUCACAGAUGUUGAAGCAAACUACACAGUUGUGAUGGCAUACCAGUUUACUACACUCACAAGCAUUCAGCUAUUGGACUGCUUUGUGAUCCCGGUGCUGAUGGUGCUGUCCUGGUUCUUCCUGAAGACUCGUUACAGGCUGGUGCAUUUUAUAGCUGUGGGAGUGUGUUUGCUUGGUGUUGUGGCGAUGGUGGGGGCUGAUUUGUUGGCUGGAAGAGACCAAGGCUCAAACUCAAAUUUAUUGCUGGGAGAUUGUUUGGUGCUGAUCAGUGCUGCGCUGUACGCUGUGUCUAAUGUGUGUCAGGAGUACACAGUGAAGAACCUGAGCAGGGCAGAGUUCUUGGGUAUGAUGGGUCUCUUUGGGACCCUCAUCAGUGGUGUACAAAUGGCGAUUCUUGAAAUCAAGCCGAUAAUGGCCAUCAGUUGGGACUGGAAAAUAUGCCUUCUCUUUGUUGCCUUUAUGCUGUGCAUGUAUGGGCUGUACAGUUUCAUGCCUGUGGUGAUGAAGAUGACCAGUGCAACAGCAGUGAACCUUUCUCUGCUUACUGCUGAUCUCUUCAGCCUCUUAUGUGGCAUUUUUCUCUUCCAGUUCAAGUUCUCACCCCUGUACAUUGUGUCUUUUGUGGUGAUCACCGUUGGCUUCAUCAUGUUUAAUGUCGUGCCCACCUACACGCCAGAUCCGUCUGGAAACAGUGAAAGAGCUUAUCAGACUGUUGCCACUUCCGAGGUCAUCCAGGCAGAGGGAGAAACUGUCCUAGAUGAAGGUCAUGAGAAGCCUGCCGAUACAGCGUGCAUUCAAAAAGAACCUCGCACUGCGCUCUGCUCGCUGAAAUACAUGGUGUAGUUUAUGGCUCUACAGUGUAGAAUAUGUAGUUUUUAAAUGCCCCAUUUUUGGGGGCAGUGCCUUGUUACUGUAACCAAAGGUGCUUGUAUUUCGCCGUAACAUCAAGUUUUUCAUGAACACCAUCACUCCCCUAGAACGCCAUUUCUAAACAAGGAGUUUGACAGCUGUACAAGACGAUCAAGCAGUUUUGAUCAAGCUGAUUUGAUCAGACUCUGAAGAUGAGACUACACUAAAUUCCCAAACUGUCAUCACCACUGAGCAAGCUUUCAGUCAGCAGCUGUGACAGAACAACAUCUGAACAACACCUAAACAACCUGGAAUUAGCCAGAAAUGAACCGAAUACCAAUCGCCAAACGUGUAAUCUCAUCUUCAGUCUGAUCAAAUCAGACUGAGCCGUAAAACUGACGCAAUAAAAAAACAAAAAAGCUGUUCUGGAUGACAGUUUCGGAAUUAUUGUAAGGAGCUGGAGAGGAGCCGGCUGCGCAGUGAGUGAGCAGAGCUUGUUACUCUGAAGUAGCAACAAGCCGCUUGUUAAGGAACUGUAAUUUGGUGGAAGGAAUUGCUGACAUUAAAUUAUAUUAAAUGAUAUGUUUACGGUCCGAUUGAUUAAUUUUUUGUUUUAUUUAUUUAACUGUUGUAGAAAAGCCGUCACCGUAUUGUUAUUUUGCGAUAAGACACAACCUUGAGUGUUCUUUUGGUUAAAUAGUGGUCAGUUAAUUAAAGAUGCAACAAUCUUUUCUAUUUACUAUCUGCCACAUUGAUGUGUAGUGGAUUAUCAUGAACAGUCAUUUUGAUGCACUUUCCUGCAUGUAAAAUAACGGAAAGUCCAUUGACUCAGAAUAGAAGCAGUGGGCAUUGUGUUUACAGUGAGAGUGUUUUCUAUUAUUGUAGUACAUACAGGGAAAUACUUCAAAAGGUUUACUGUAGUUGGCCAUAUGUUACAGAUACAGCAGAUAGAGAUUUGUUUGAAAAACAUUGGAGUUUUCCUUGAAGUCUUUCAUUGACUCAACACAAGUACUGAAAUGCCCUUUGCAUGACAUGCCAAUAUUAAAAGCAGCGCUGCAAUGAGUGACUGAAGGUGCUAAAAAGACAAAACAGCCUGAAAAGUUCUUUAGCUGUACUGUAACCAAUAUUUUUGUUGCAUUUUUACUAUAGAAGUUUAUUGCUUCAUGAAUGUACAAUCUGGUAUUUCAUUGUCAUUAGCUUGCAGUUAUAUUCCUAUUCCUGAAUGUACUUUUUAGUGAUCACUCUUUGGUCAGUUUGUUAUAAUGUUGUUCUUUUGCUUUAAGCAGGUAUAUUACAGAUUUGAGAGAGCACU